AGAGACAAGAAAUGCCAGAGAUGCAGCAGAAGAGGUGCAGUCAUAAUAAUAAGAGUUCAGAGAGAAAAUAGAAAGAGAAAAAUAGCAUUGGCAUGCACCACCACUGUAAUCACAACCAUUAGUUCAUAUCCAUGUACAGAAGAUUCUGUAACACUAUGGUCCCUCAAAUAAAUAUACCUAUUCUAAUUCUAGUACUCUCCUCCUCCUCCUUUUAAGUUUAAAACUCAACUCAACUCCUCUCUUCUCUUCUCUUCUCUUCUGCUCAUAACAAAACAACAAUGAUGAAUGGAAGAAACAGGUAUCCUUUUACUCCAACUCAGUGGCAAGAGCUUGAACAUCAAGCUCUUAUCUACAAAUACAUGGCUUCUGGUAUUUCCAUUCCUCCUGAUCUUCUACUCACUAUCAAAAGAAGCUACUUAGACUCUUCAAGACUCUCACCUCAUCAGUCUCAACACUUUGGGUGGAACUAUUUGCCAAUGGGAUUAGGAAGAAAAAUAGACCCAGAGCCAGGUAGGUGUAGAAGAACAGAUGGAAAGAAAUGGAGAUGUUCAAAAGAAGCAUAUCCAGAUUCAAAGUACUGUGAAAGGCACAUGCAUAGAGGGAAAAACCGUUCAAGAAAGCCUGUGGAAGUUUUGAAAACAACAAACACAGAUGCUCCUGCUGCUACUUCAACAAUCUUAUCAAUUACUAAAAAUAGUAGUCUUGAUUCUGAUCAUAACACUGCAGCACUAACAUCAACAACCCAUGACACUAAUUACCAUUACCCUCAACACUCUUCUUAUGCUUCUUCCCAUCUUAACCACUCUUUCCUUUACCAUAACCCUCCAUCCUCAAGGCCUAACUUCUCAUUUCAAGACAAUAGUGCUCCCUUGUUUCUUGACAGUAAUGGUUCUUCCUCUCACAAUAACAACAACACUGAUUGCAGGAACAGAUAUGUUUAUGGACUGAAAGAGGAGGUGGAUGAACAUGCUUUCUUCACUGAACCUUCUGGAACUAUAAGAAGUUUAUCAGCUUCUUCAAUGGAUGAUUCAUGGCAACUCACACCACUCACUAUAAGCUCAUCUUCCUCUUUUAAACAGAGGAAUUGUUCUGGUUUAUCAAAUGACAAUGAGUACUCUUACUUGCAACUUGACAACAACUCAAAACAACCACAGCAAGAUCAAGGUUGUUACAUCUCAGGUAGUGAAGAAACAUUCAUGAAACAUGGGAAAGAAGAACCUCAGAAGAUUUUUCAUCGUUUCUUUGAUGAAUGGCCACCCAAAAGCAGCAGAAACUCAUGGCUUGAUUUGGAUGAUAAAUCAUCCACCACUCAGCUUUCAAUCUCCAUUCCUACAUCUUCUCAUGAUUUCACAACUUUUAGUUCCACAAACCAACGAGAUGGUUGAGCUUGGAUUUCAAUUAUGGAUGGGUUCCUUUUAAUUGAAUCUAAGGUCAAUAAUAAUGUAGUACUAGUACUAGACUCUAGUAGUUCAUUCAUAUUUUCUGUAAGGUUUUCUAGUUUCACUUGAAUUGUUUUGUUCCCACUUUUUCCCACUACUGUACAUGUGUUGUUGUUGAAGUGGAUAUGUGUCUCCAUGGAGGGAUCCAAUGUGUAGUUGUGUUGUGUGUGCUGUUUGGUAUUUGUUUUACUAAGUUAUGUUCUGUUGUUUGUUUCUGCCAAACAUGAUUUCAGUUUUCAGACUCUACCAGUUAUUUGGCCGUGUCUGUUUCAGCUUAUAUUCAAAGACACAUCACA